CCCAAAAGGCAUCAUCCCCCUCCUCCCGUGGCUUAUUCGCUGCUACUCCUCCUACCUCCCUUCGUCUUCCUCUGCCUCGGAACCAGAUCGCCCCCUCCGCCAACCCCCCUCCAGAUCGGUGGGAAGGAGCGCCCUGUUUGCUUCGCUGCACCAGAUCAAGAGAAGCAAUGUCGGCAGUAAUCACAAAGUUCGCCGUCACAUCUAUGGUGAUGUGGAUGGCCCCAGUUGCAAUCAUGUAUGGGUUUAUCUACCAGAUAUUUCCAGGUGUCGGUCAGCUUUCCCCCUCGGCGCAAACCAUGGCCAGUGGAUUCCUUGCUGUCAUCUCGGUCAAUCUGGUGAUCGGCUUUUACAUAUACAUGGCCAUGAAGGAGACUCCCCAUCAAGAGCCCCAGCCUGAUCCAACCUUUCUGGCAAACGCCAAAGCAAGCAUUAACCAGCCAACUUCUUCUCAAGUGAGUGAUGAUUCCCAUGGGAAGGGGAAGGUGGAGUAGGCCGUAGCGUAACUUGAGUGGGGUUUUAUGUCCAUGAUACACAUGCUAUCCAGAGUCAGUUGGGUUAUGUAGUCACUGAAAACUUUCAGAGUUAUGGAACCUAUAUGAAGAUGAAUCUUUUGUACCCAUUAUCAGUA